AAUGAACGAUGAAUCACCUAUUAGAUCAAAAAGCAUUGAUAUCAACCUCACUAAAAUGCUUGAUAGAAUGAAAAAUAAUUCAUUUCAUAUGUAAAAAGUAAGUGUUGGUGAUUUAAUCAAUAAAAGUCAAACUUAAGUAAUUGCUAAACCAAUAAGGUAAUCAAUGACUCCUACACUUGAGGAAAAGGAGAAUAAAGAACUUACAUUCAAACCAUAGAUUAAUGUAUUAUUAUCUUUUAAUAAGAAAUAUCCCAAUUAUUUGAAGCAAACAUCAUUUUUAGAAAGGAAUGAAUAAUGGCAAAAAAAUAAAUUAUAAAAAUAAUAAGAAACCAGUAAAGCUUAUUUAGAAGAAAAAGAAAAGAUUAUCAAUAAAGAGUGCUCAUUUAAACCAAAAAUAAAACCUCAUUUAUCUGCAAGAAUUCCUAGAUAAUAAAAAUAGCAGCCACAAUCAAAUACGAUCAUUAUUAAAUAAUAAAAUCCAAUAUCGGGUAUUUCAAUGUAGGCUGUAUAAUAUGAACUAAGAAAGUAGUUACAUGGACUAUAAUUAUGA